GCAGCACGAUUUGCAGACUCUUUGCCGCAAGCUGCCGGAGCCCACUGCAACCUCAUCGCUUUUCCUGGUGAGUCCAACUUCAGUGGGGCCCGCAGCAAUCUAUCUUGCAUACAGGAGCUUAAGAGUUCUGCUCUCAAGUGGAAGGUGCUGCUGGAUGCCGCCAAGCUCGCAUGUUCCCCAGGGGAACUGGACCUCAGCAUCUGCCCUGCAGACUUCACAGUGGUCUCCUUCUACAAGAUUUUCGGGUACCCAACUGGCCUUGGAGCGCUGCUUGUCAGGCAUGACGCUGCCCCUCUGAUCAUGCCGCAGGCAGACCUUGCUGGAGGUCCACGGGGAGCUGGCGGUCCGCUCUACUUUGCUGGUGGCACCGUCUCCUCCAUUUCUGCUAGCUCUGGCUUUGCCAUCCCACGACCCCAGCUGAGUGAAUGGUUGGAGCGUGGCACUCCUAACUUCCUGGGAAUUGCAGUGCUCCCCUCACAGCUCGACGCAGUCAGGGCGCUUGGCCCUGACCAGGCUCGGUGCCGACAUGCCUUGGCAGUCUGCCACGAGGCAUUCCUCCGAAUUUCGUGCCUGAAGCACAGCAACGGGCUUCAGGUUUGCACAGUGUUCGGCCGCCACAAGGAGGAGAAUUGGCACGAAGCUCAAGGGCCAACAUUGGCGCUGAGCCUCCAUUAUGCUGACGGCUCCCCAAUCCCUUAUGGCAUAGUCGGGGAGAGGGCAGCUGCAAAGCAGAUUGUGAUCCGCACCGGCUGCCACUGCAAUGCAGGAGGAUGUCAGAAAUAUUUGAAGUUGGAGGACUCUGACAUCCGACACUUCUUUGCUUCAGGUAAAGUUUGUGGUGAUGACAGGGGGCUUGUGGAUGGCAGGCCCACAGGGGUUGUUCGUGUGUCUUUUGGUCUCUACUCGACCUUGGCUGACGUCUCCUGCUGUUUGGAUCUUCUGUCCGAGUUUGUGGAUGCCCGACCACCUCACUGCCCAGAAGCUGUCUGCAAGCUGCCGGACUCGGAAAUGCAAGGCUUGACCCAGCCCAUCCAUCCACAACCUCAACCAGUGGUAGUGGGAACCGUCACCGCUCUCAAGGUUUAUCCUGUGAAGGGCUGUGGCCCCUUGCGCGUACGGCGCUGGCCGCUGGACGGCAAUGGCAACCUCUUUCUGGACCGGCGAUGGUGCAUAAUGCUUGAAAGUCGGAGCGUCGCUGGCCGUGCGCGUGCAGUCAGCGCAAAGCAGGCGCCGCGUUUGACAACUGUCAAGCUGUCCUUGCGGAGCGGGGAGCAGGGCCAGUUCAUUCUGGUUCUGUCCACUAAGUAUCAUGCCCAGAUGCUGGAGCUCCCGCUGAGCAAGCACGACUCCAAUUUCCUGCGUUCAGCAGGAGUCGAACCAUGCCGAAGCAUGAUCCGCACCAGCCCCAACACAGACCCGGAAGUGUCCCAAGCAAACUUCUCAAACACGCCAGCUGCAAGUUCAUCAGCCUGGUUUCAGCAGGUGCUCGGCAUCGAAAGCCUGCAGCUUGCAACCGCCGCGUCAGCGGAAAGCUCUGAGGGAGGCACAGGUGAGGCACCUGCACCUGCAGAGAAGACAGACUUUGCAAACGCGCCGAAGACGCUGCUGCUGGUGUCUACUGCUUCCCUCAGGGAAUUCGGGCGUGUCUGUGGGUUGGCAGUGCCUGCAGACCGCUUCCGUGCAAACAUGGAGGUGGAUAUGGAGCACGCCUACGAGGAGGCGUCCUGGCCGGUGGGUUUGCCCCUGCAGCUCGGCGCCGCGACCUUUGAAGCAGCCGGCCGCUGUGUGCGCUGCCAGGCUGUGGACAUAGAUCCUGAAGAUGCGACUUCGCAGGGCCCCUCCCUCCUAGCUGCUUUAGCUACAGCGCAGCCCGGGUCCGAGGCAAAAGGCCCGACCUUUGGUGUGCUGUUGCGUCAGAGGGAGACCAGCCAAAGCACCCCCUUGCUGGAGGUGGGCAUGCCCCUAACAAGGCCUGGCUAA